GGCUCAAGGUGUGGGACAAAACCAGAAAAGCCCCGUUAGAUAAGAACACGACAUCUCUGUGUGCCACGUUGUCACAAGCGUUGAACAAAUACACUAUCGGUGAGCUCAGUGCUUCCUUUCUGUUUAGCACAGCCAGCCGUGCAUUACACCAGGCAUCAUGUCAGGGCUCAACACAUCGCUGGCGUACUUCUUUACUGUUAUAGGCCUGAGCGCACUCGGUAGGGUGCUUCUCGCCCGCUGGAGACGGCGCUUGGGCUUCCUAACAGAACUCAUCUCUGCCUUCGCGCUAGCCGGCUGUAGGCUAGAGAUAGAGACCAUUGCGGAGGUCGGUCAGUGGGCCGGCGCGCUGGGCCCGGACGUGACCUACACUAUGCUUUUCAUAGCUGUAACCAUUCACGCCAUCAUCAUGCAAGGUGUGAGCGGCAACCCGGCUGUGACCGUAAUGGGAUUCCUGCAGAAAGAGAUCGGCGUGGUUGCAACGCUUCUCAGCGUCGCGUCGCAGUUUCUCGGUGCGUUUCUCGGCCUCUUAGUUGCGGGUAAAUACUGGGAGAUGGAGCUCACAGACAUGCACAUGAUAAAGAAUCUGAUGAUGUCGGAGUGUAGCACGGCUCUGCGAGCUCCGAUGCUACACGGAGCCGUCGCGGAAGCCAUCAGCGCGAUGACCUUUUACCUCGUUUACCUCGUCCUGAGGAACAGGACACAGCUGCUCAGAAUUCCCAUAAUGGCUCUGCUGCUGACUUUCUUGGCCUAUGCAGGAAGUAACUACACCUCUGGAUUCGUGAAUCCAUCUCUUGCUUUUGCAUUAACAUUCAACUGUCCCGGACAUACCUUCUCCGAAUACGCUCUCGUCUACUGGCUCGGCCCUCUUAUUGGUAUGACUCUCGCACUGUUCCUGUAUUUGGGAAAUAUUCCAUUGCUGUUUAACAGGAAUCUGCUUUACUCCAAGAAGUCACGAUUCCGGGUUCCCAAAGGGAAAAAUUCAGAGGAAAAGACCAACUGAGAGACGUUAACAGAAGUAAAAGUCAAGAUUGAUGUUGUGAACUGCAAGUUGCAUUUUAUGAUGAGUUUGUAACGCAUUUCGCUGUUGAAUGCUAAAUCUGCCAACAGCAAGCCAGACGGGUCCAACGUGACUGUUUCCAUUUAUAAUGUUCAAGUCUGUAUAAAUUCUGUGCCAAAAUAAUUUUUUGCAUAUGCAAACAUGUCAAAUGUAUCGUUCUACGGAGAAAAUAAACGAAAAAGAAGAACCGGAAGGUCUACGUGACAUGUUUGGUGUACGUGUUUGACGUCGUGAUUCAAGUACAGAUCAUCUUUUAGCCACCUUAACAUUCUCUGACCGCAGUAAAACGUUGAUCAGAACUGUUUUUCAUAAGUGGCCGCUUAUUUGCACUUUUAAUUCAGAUGGUGUGAGUGAUAAUGCCGGAAAUGAUGCUGGCUGCACGUUAAAAGAGGGAGGUGUGAGAUCGUAAUCUCAUUUAUAUUUAGGUAUGUGUUAAACAUUUAGAUUUACAGUCCAUUUGGAGUUUUGUGUAGAUAACAGCUUACAUACAAAACCAGUGAAUUUUAUCCAUUUGCCAUUCCUACAUUUAAGUAUUAAACUUGAACGUCUACUUUUG